AUGACAUCUGUGAUCCCAUUUUACGUCUGUGAAGUGGGGAAGCCUCGAGGAAAUCCUUAUACUAGGCGCCUUGUGUUUAAAUAUGGUGUGCUCCCUUCAACCCUUCGCCACAACACAACUUCCUCGAAGAAGAAGAGAAGAUGCAUCAUCCACCACACGACCCGCACCACGACCACCACCACCACCACGGACAUCCGCCCCCGCCCCAUUGCCCUCCGCACCAUGGUCCACCACCUCCCCACCACCACGGUCCGCCGCCCCCUCAGCUGUGCCCCCCUCCUCACCACGGCCCUCCUCACCACGGCCCUCCUCACCAUGGCCCUCCUCACCACGGCCCUCCUCACCACGGCCCUCCUCACCACUGCCCUCCUCCUCCGGGACCUCAUUGUCAUCCCGGUCCGCACGGCCCUCCCCACCACCGCCACUGCUAAGUCGCUAACUACCUACCCUUGGGACUCGUGCCUACAAGUCAUCAUGUGAAUGGAGGUGACGGCCAGCAGCUGGAAGAGAGGGGUGUGUUUGUAAUUCUAUGUUUUUUGCUUUCUUGUUUAUGUUGUAGUAAAUAAUGCCCUCAGAGUCUCUGAUUUGGUGACACGUGGUGGCCCAGGACUCUUAUCCGUGUGUACGUGUGUGCAAUGUGUUGCAAUAAAUGUGACAAGCCAUGUUUAUGGCUUUCUCCUCUCUCA